UGCAAAACAAGACGAGGAAGGGGGCGGCGGAGUCUCUUGCGGUCGAGGCUGCAGGAGCUGGUGUCAGGGUUCCCAGGCGUGCGAAGGCGGCGGAGGCGGGAAAGGAGCGAGCGGUUAAAGGGAGCGACCGCUGACUUGCAGAGGAGCUCGGAGGAAAGAUGGUGAUGGCGGCUAAGAAGGGCCCGGGCCCAGGUGGCGGGGUCGGAGGGAGCAAAGCGGAGGCUGAAGCGGCUUCGGAGGUGUGGUGCCGCCGAGUGCGGGAGCUGGGCGGCUGCAGCCAGGCCGGGAACCGCCACUGUUUCGAGUGUGCCCAGCGCGGGGUCACCUAUGUGGACAUCACCGUGGGCAGCUUCGUCUGCACCACCUGCUCCGGCCUCCUGAGAGGUCUGAACCCCCCACAUCGAGUCAAGUCUAUCUCCAUGACAACUUUCACUGAGCCUGAAGUCCUGUUCCUCCAGUCUCGUGGGAAUGAGGUCUGCCGCAAGAUCUGGCUGGGCCUUUUUGACGCUCGGACAUCGUUGGUACCGGAUUCCAGGGACCCUCAGAAAGUGAAGGAGUUUCUCCAAGAAAAAUAUGAGAAGAAAAGAUGGUACGUACCCCCGGAGCAAGUCAAAGGACCAUCUUACAGCAAAGGCAGUGCCUCCACCCCUGUCCAGGGCUCUGCCCCGGACGGGAAGCCCGUGCGGACACUUCUGGGAGACCCUGUGCCAUCUCUCUCUGAUGCUGCCUCCUCUUCGAGCCAGUCUGUCAACCAGUCUCAGGCCCGUACAGCCCAGGCCAGGAGCUCCCAGCCAUCCACCAAGAAAGCCAGCACUGACCUGCUGGCCGAUAUCGGCGGGGACCCCUUUGCCGCUCCCCAGAUGGCACCAGCCUUUGCCGCAUUCCCAGCCUUUGGAGGCCAGACUCCUUCCCAUGGAGGCUUUGCCAACUUCGAUGCCUUCAGCAGUAGCCCUGGCACUUCCGCCUUUGGAAGCCUCCCUCCAUCGGUCCAAGCCCCAUUCCAGGCCCAGCCAGCCCCUGGAGCCAAUCGGAUGCUUACUGGAAGUUACAGCUUUGGGAGCAGCCAGAUGUCUGCAUUCGGGGUUGCUCCUCUUGCGGCUGCCACUCAGCCCAACAGCCUGGCAGAUGUGGGUGGCCUCCUGGGACCCAGGGUGGCAGCUGGAGGUCUCCCUGGCAGUGUCUUCGGGAUGCCCAGCCAGGUUCCUGCAUUACAGUCGGCUGUGCCAGGUGUCCACGGCAAUGCAGGACUAACCUUUGGAGCCUUCACCAACCCCUUCACCACCCCUGCCCAACCCCAGCUGCCUUCUACCAACCCGUUCCAGCCCAAUGGCCUGGCCUCGGGGCCUGGCUUCGGGAUGAGCAGUGUUGGGCCUGGCCUCCUCCAGCCAGUGCCACCCACAGGGGCAUUUGCCAGCCCCUUUCCUGCAGCGAUGUUCCCCACACAGACUGCACUGACCGAGCAGCAGAAUGGCUCUUCUUUUUGUGAUUUGGGAACCUCCAAGCUGGGGCAGAGGCCUCUGAGCCAGGCGCCUGGGAUCUCUACCAAUCCCUUCAUGACUGGAGCCUCAGCAUUUGCCUCCAAACCUCCAACCACAAACCCAUUCUUGUAGCACUGUGUCCUUGGGGGAAGAAAGGGCUCUCCCCUACUUGGAGGGGGAGGCUCUUCCGUCUCCUUAGAGCUCUGGUGACCAUCGGCCUGUGGGGCAUGUCUGUGGGUCUGAGGCUGGGUUUGGGCCUGGUUUGCAGGGUUAGGGAACCGGGAAGAGGGGAGGUCCUGACCAGUAGCCUGAGGCUGUGGAUGAAUCAGACUGUGGCCUCCUGGUCUGCCUCUCAGAGGCUUCCUCCUUGCUUACUGUCACCUACCCAGAAAGAAGCCCAGAAGGAACAAAGACACCCUUACCAGGAGGCUCCACAGCGUGUAUUUCUGUCAAAUUAUUAAGUAUGAAGAUAGCCCUCUAUCCUAUCCCUCCUGGCCUGUGGCAAGAGAAGUUAGCAGCCUUCCCCUGAGGGAGCAGCUGCUCCACACCCAACCUUCCAAAGCUGCCUCACUCCUCCCAGACAGAAGCAAAGCCGGGAAUGUAGGGUAAAGAGGAAGCCUGGUGUUGACAGCCAGCAGACAGCCCUGGGACUGGGAAGCUUCUGGUGUCCAGUACUUUUGUUUUCCUUCCUCCAUCUCCAUUCUCCUUCCCAGGCUGCCCCCAUCCUGGCACUCAGAUGUGGGAGGUUUACCUACAGAGUGUAUGUGCCCAGCUCCUUUCAAGCACUUUAGUUAGCUGUGUCAUGUUUGGAUACCAGUGUUUUAUAUUUAUAAAUAGAGAAUUUUCUAAUAUAGCCUAUUAUAUACAUACAUA